CUCCCAUGGGUAAUUAUUUCUCUCAUGUGUCUCGUAGUUUUCCGUCAGACGCCAGAGCCGGCUGGCACAAGCGAGGACGGCGAAAAGGACCAGCAGGAGGAGCUGAUCUCGGAUAUGUGCGAUCGAUUUUUCGGAACCAAGAAGAAAGUGGAGGUGAAGCUGGAUCCCAACACCGCGUUCCCCACUCUGCUGAUCUCCCAAGACCAGAAAAGCGUGAGGCUCGGGGACCGUCCCCAGUACCUUCCCAGCAACUCCGAGCGUUUUGAUUUCCGGCCCUGUGUGUUGGGCGCCCCGGGCAUCACUAGGGGGCAGCUGGACUGGGUAGUGGAUGUGGGUGCCGGGAAAGGCUGGAUCGUCGGCGCCGCCCGGGAGUCGGUGGAGAGGAAGGGGCAUCUCUACAUAACGGCCGAGCAGGGGUUCUGGGGUCUGGAGUUAAACAAUGGGGAGUACCAGGCGCUCAGCACCCCUAAGACGACACUUUUCCUAAGGGCGUCUCUGCGCAGGAUCAAGGUGCAUCUAGACUACAUCCUUGGACAACUCUCCUUCUACAACAACGACACCAUGGAGCACAUCUUCACCUUCAACUACCCCUUCUCCGAGAAGAUGUUCCCCUUCUUCUUGACCUGGGACACGGACAUCCCACUCCAGCUCUGCCCAUGUGACUGAGAGCGCCUCCCCACCUCACGUUUUGCAAGAGCAGGGAUGUUAUUCUCCGGUGCCUGGCCAAAAUUCCAGCCCUGGGAAUGACCCGCUGCCACCUGCCUAUGUACUUCCACUUUCACUUUCACGUGCUGUCCGGAUCGGGUGUGUAGCCUCCUCGGACUGUCUCACGUGACUUUGUCAGAUGAUAUUUUGUGUUUCUUGACGUCUCCAGCUCUCGGAGCCAAGUUUUUUUUGUGGGAAUCUGCGCUUUCAUUUAAAAAAAAAAAGGAACUAGUUUUCUAGCCCUUUGGGUUGCGGAGAAAACCUGUGACAACCUGACCCUAGAAAGGUCAAAACCCAGAAGGCAUAUGUGAAAAAAACCCUUCAAGGUUUAUUACCGUAUUUGUAAAAUCUUGUGAUUUUUUUUUUCAAGCCAAUCCAAUUCAGAGGGACUUUCAAGCCAGCAAACUCACCAGUACCGCUGGGAACCUCAUGGACUUUGAAGUCUGUGUGUGUAUGUGAUUGCUUUACCAUUUAACAGCUCUCUUCUUCUUCUUUCUUUUUUCUUGAUAAUAAACCUUUAGUUUUAGACACUGAAGGACUGGCUGGCAGGGUGGUAUGUUGGGUAAGAUCCAAACCUCGGGUGACAUGGCCGAGCCUUUAGGGUCAGAAGAACAGUUUGUAGAGUGAGCAGAGUUUUUAAAUAACUUCUCCCUGUACAGGACCCAGGUUCUGAUUGGGAGCCAGAGACAGGAAUGCAGUAAAGGGGGCUGUGUGGUUCCUCUUUUUGCUUCUUGAUAACCAGGAGGGGGGAUCAGAAGCACAGUUUGUGACUGGUUGGGAGAUUUAACGUCAGCGUUACCCACCUGUCCUGGGAGGAUCUGCUCUCCCUUUUGCAGCCUGCCCUGACCUUGGCAUUUCCAGUGAGGGCUGCCCCAGGCACGCUGGGUCACACAACGUUUUUGCUUUCUACAUUUUUAAAAAAAAAAUUUCUUGAGAAAAUGGAACAUUUUGGGUUUUCAGCCAAAAUUUUCAGGUUUGGUAACUAUGGGGCUGAACGUUUUUGACAAAAAGUUUUGGUUUUCUGAAGAAAUAUUAAAAAAAAAAUCUCCAGGAGAACUGACGCUUUCUGCUACUGUUUUUGUUUGGUUUAAAAACCCAAUUUUCCAUUGAAAUAAAGUUUUGGUGGGAAACA